AUAAAAAGGGCAAUUCGACAUUGCACUAUUUCAUAUCACAAAGAGCGUUUCUUGGAGUAAAAAAAACUCUCUUUGAGGUACGCAUCUUCGGACCAUACUAACAGCUGUCAUCUUGCCCGUUUUUUAAUUGACAAGUUCAAGUUACUAUUUCAAACAUUCUUUCCCUAAUGGUGUUUUCGUAUUGCUAUUAAUCUCGCAUUUUGAAUCCUGAGAAUUGCGCCAAACAAUUUUUGUCACUGGGAAUGUCAGCGAGAGAUGAUUUGGGGAAAAGAUAAACAUAAACGACGUUAACGAGAAAGACUGAGUUUCAUUUGAGGCCCUGGUAAAUCAAAUUUUAUUUACACUUGUUUCCCAACCGGUGUCAAAACAUUGUUAUCACUUACAUGCUAUGAUGUACAACGGAAACUUGAAAAAGCGUUGGUGGACGGUUAUUAGAUAGAGGGCACAGGACCAAUAGGUACGGCAUCAGUUUCAGGCGACAACAUGCGUGUGUGUUUGGCGAGUGGAGGCUUUCUUAGCUUCUUAGUUCUUAUACAACAAGCUCAAGGUGUACCCAAAUAUAGAAGUGUCGGUUGCUAUAGAGACACACAGGAGGGACGUCAGCGACCGCUUCCGAGACUCCUCGCCGACCUCCGACCAUAUAUCGAAUGGCCCGACAUCAGUAAAACCAUCGACAAGUGUGCAGCGUUAGCCCAGACGGAAGGAUAUCGAUUCUUCGGGGUCCAGUUUUUCGGGGAGUGCUGGUCCGGCACGAAUUCCAUUGAUGACGUCACGCGAGAUGGGAAGUCAAACGCGUGCUUUCAGGGUGUGGGGGAGGCGUUUGCUAAUUUUGUAUACGAGCUUCCUGUGAAAGCCCCCACUCCAACGUGCGGCAUCAAGCCAAUGUCACGUAUCAUCGGCGGAACGACUGCUGCCCCGCACGAUUGGCCAUGGCAGGCGCAGAUCUUGAUUCAUGUUGACAAGUCCUGGAACCACCGCUGUGGAGGCACUUUGAUCGACACAGAAUGGGUGGUAACCGCUGCUCACUGUGUUUUUCAAAAUAUUGAGCCUUCGAAUUAUAAGAUCAAGCUUGGUGCGCAUGACCGUGAGUCUAGCGAAGGUGCGCUGACCAUACCAGUGACAGCGAUCCACAUGCACACUCGCUUUAUGACGGAUGGUAGCUAUGGUUACGACAUAGCGAUCAUGAAGCUCGCAAAUCCAGCCCCGAUUGGCCACACCAUUAGCCCAGCCUGCCUUCCUGGCCUAUAUGACCAGGUCACCUCCGGGACCAUGUGCUACGUCACAGGUUGGGGCAUGACCGAAUAUGGCAAUGCAGGUGCAAGGCUACUGCAGCAAGCCAGGAUCCCUGUGGUUUCCAGCGAAGAAUGCGAGAGGGUGAACAACAAACACCGAAAGGUUGACAAGGUGACAAUGCUCUGCGCCGGUAACGGUGGCAACAGUUCUAUCAGCGGUUGUCAUGGGGACAGUGGUGGUCCAUUCGUGUGCAUGGGAGGGGAUGGUCGCUGGGUCCUGCGUGGCGCGGUGAGCUGGGGCGACAAUGAGUGUAAAGGAAGCACGUAUUCUGUAUUCACAAGAAUCAGCUCGUUUGUUGAUUGGAUCAAAUGCAAGAUGACGUCAGAGCCUCUUCAAAGACCUACUGAGUGCAAAGACGCGCAUUUCUACUGCAAAGAGUGGAAGACGAUGGGCUGGUGCAAGUAUGACUACUUCGCCCACAUGCUGAAAGGGUACUACUGCAGGAAGACUUGUGGUGCAUGCAAGCCUGCAAGCCUUAACAACCAUUGGCCUGGCGCCCACUUCGAGGGUUAGGGUAUCUUAACAUUUUACUGUCGGACACUAGAAGCCCUUCUGUACCGCUUUUCAGGCGUCUGAAAUACCAUACUUUCCAGGAACUUCGAAAGCUGGAUUCUAAUUUGUGUGAUAAUAAAAGCACUUAAACAAUU